GUUGAUCCUUUACCCCGGAACGAGUCCCGAACCCGGGGCGCAAAGAACUGUUUCGGAGGGCUUUAUUUACUCUAACACGGUGGGCAGACUUUUAAGUGUGGAUGUGGCUUGCGUUUGGCACGUAUUUUCCAUCUCCAGAACAUCGCUCCUUAGAACAUAGCCCAGAUACGGUGCUUAUACGGUGCCUUGAAAGCAGCUUCAUCCCAGCGGUAGUUUUGUACCACCGCGCUAUUGCCCAAGCCACAACCUUACAUCUAUGUCAGUGUGCAGCCCCUUGCUAAGCUUUUAAUCAUCGUCUUUUCAAUACUUGCUGCGGCCUAGAUGCUGGUUAGCAACUAGGGAUACACUUCUGGGUUUAGCUUUAUGAUUUCGAAGAAGGGCAGAUUUCGACAGGGAUCGAAUUGUAACUCUAGCCGUCAAGGCCACCAGAAUUUUAAAAUAUGGCUGCAAGCAGCGGAAGCAAUGAGUUCGUAGUUCUGAGCAAUGGCAGCAUUCCAUUUGGAGCAGCAAAUCCAGAUCUUCUUGCAACCAAGGAUGGCACUAUCCUAGUCUACAAUCUCCCAUCAUCAAAAGAAACUGUAAGAAGAAAAGUGACUGCAAAUGGGUGCUUUCACAUGAAUGGCACACUCAAAGCACCCUUCCUAGCAGCGGACGAUCAAAGGACACCACAGGUGUUGCUGCAGUGUUGCCAUCCUUGCCCAUAUCAUCGGGCACUAAGUAACCAAAUCAAUCAGCAAGAAUGUCUUUCAGUGCCUGGUAAUGCAGCACCACCUCCAUUACCUUCUGGUUCUCCAGACCUACACACUGAAUAUUCGGCAACUGCUUGCCAGAAGCAUACGCCUUUGUAUCAGACUGCUUGUUGCCUUCAGUCCUUGCCCUCCUUCUGCCUGCAUCAUCAGUGGCCUGAACAUUUUCAGCACCAGCCUGUGCAACAGCAUAUAGCCAACAUGCAGCCAGCCAGAGCAGUAACGUUGCCAAAAAGCUAUGCAGCUCUAAUAGCAGACUGGCCUGUGGUGGUUUUAGGCAUGUGUACUGUGUUAAUUGUGGUGUGUGCAUUAGUUGGAAUUCUAGUCCCAGAUCUUCCAGACUUCUCUGAUCCUUUAUUGGGUUUUGAACCAAGAGGAACUGCUAUUGGGCAGAGACUGGUCACUUGGAAUAACAUGGUGAAAAAUACAGGCUACAAAGCGACUUUAGCAAACUAUCCAUUUAAAUAUGCAGAUGAGCAGGCUAAGAGUCAUCGAGAUGGCAGAUGGUCUGACGAUCACUAUGAAAGAGAAAAGAGGGAGGCUGAUUGGAAUUUCCAGAAGGACAGCUUUUUCUGUGACAUCCCAAGUGAUCGUUACUCCCGAGUGGUGUUUGCAUCAGCAAGUGGAGAUGACUUGUGGAAUUUACCAGCCAUAAAGUCAAUGUGCAAUGUGGAAAAUAUGCGGAUACGAUCCCAUGCUCAGUUUGGGGAUCUCUGCCAGAGGACUACUGCUGCUUCGUGCUGUCCCAGCUGGACAUUAGGCAAUUAUAUUGCCAUUUUAAAUAACAGAUCAUCUUGUCAAAAAAUAGUGGAGAGAGAUGUUUCUCAUACUUUGAAGCUGCUCCGCACAUGUGCCAAAUAUUAUUAUAAUGGGACCCUGGGGCCAGAUUGCUGGGAUUCGGCAGCCAGAAGGAAAGACCAGCUCAAGUGUACAAAUGUGCCACGCAAAUGUACCAAGUACAAUGCUGUUUACCAGAUACUUCACUAUAUACUGGACAAAGAUUUUCUAAGCCCAAAGACCUUGGACCACAGCUUACCAGCUUUAAAAUAUAGUAUGCUUUUUCUACCUACUGAAAAGGGAGACAGUAUGAUGAAUAUCUAUUUAGAUAAUUUUGAGAACUGGAACUCAUCUGAUGGAAUCACCAUCAUCACAGGGAUUGAGUUUGGAAUAAAGCACAGCUUAUUCCAGGACUAUCUAUUAAUGGAUACUGUGUAUCCUGCUAUAGCCAUAGUGAUUGUUCUAUUAGUGAUGUGCUUCUAUACCAAGUCCUUGUUUAUCACACUGAUGACCAUGUUUGCAAUCAUUAGCUCCUUAAUUGUUUCUUACUUUCUCUAUCGGGUUGUAUUUAAUUUUGAGUUUUUCCCCUUUAUGAACCUUACUGCACUGAUUAUUCUUGUGGGUAUUGGAGCCGAUGAUGCGUUUGUCUUAUGUGAUGUGUGGAGCUACACAAAAUUUGACAAGUCGCAUGCUGCCACUUCGGAAACCAUGAGCAUCACUUUGCAACAUGCGGCCCUUUCCAUGUUUGUUACUAGUUUUACUACUGCUGCUGCCUUCUAUGCUAAUUAUGUCAGCAACAUUACAGCAAUCAGAUGUUUUGGUGUUUAUGCUGGCACUGCCAUUUUAGUGAAUUAUAUCCUAAUGGUGACAUGGUUGCCCGCAGUUGUGGUCUUACACGAACGGUAUCUCCUCAAUAUUUUUAGUUGCUUUGUAAAACCACAGGCAAGAGUAUAUAAUAGCAAAAGCUGCUGGACAGUGCUAGGCCAAGUGGUCCGUAAAGUAUUUUUUGCAAUCUCAGAAGCAUCUAGGAUAUUUUUUGAAAAAGUGUUGCCAUGCAUUGUGAUAAAAUUUCGAUAUAUUUGGUUGGUCUGGUUCCUAGCCUUAACAGUUGGGGGAGCAUAUAUUGUGUGUAUAAAUCCAAAGAUGAAGCUGCCGUCUUUGGAACUAGCCGAGUUUCAAGUGUUCCGGUCUUCCCAUCCUUUUGAGCGCUAUGAUGCUGAAUUCAAGAAGCUUUUCAUGUUUGAACGGGUCCAUCAUGGAGAGGAGCUUCACAUGCCCAUCACUAUUAUCUGGGGGGUCUCUCCUGAGGAUAACGGGGAUCCUUUAAAUCCUAAAAGCAAAGGCAAGCUGAAGCUGGACAGUACUUUCAAUAUUGCAAGCCCAGAUUCACAGCUCUGGAUUUUAAAGUUUUGUCAGAAACUGAGGAAUCAGACAUUUUAUUACCAAACAGAAGAGCAAGAUUUCACGAGCUGCUUUAUUGAGACAUUUAAGCAGUGGAUGGAAAAUCAGGACUGUGAUGAGCCAGCUCUUUAUCCCUGUUGUAGCCACUGUAGCUUCCCCUACAAGCAGGAGGUCUUUGAGUUAUGCAUCAAAAGGGCCAUCAUGGAACUUGAAAGAAGCACAGGCUACCAUUUAGAUAGCAAAACUCCUGGCCCUCGCUUUGAUAUAAAUGAUACCAUCAGAGCAGUGGUACUAGAGUUCCAAAGCACCUAUCUUUUCACCUUGGCGUAUGAGAAGAUGCACACAUUCUAUCAAGAGGUGGACACCUGGAUUUCAGAGGAGCUCGUUUCUGCUCCGGAAGGUUUAAGUGGUGGCUGGUUUGUGAGUAAUCUAGAAUUUUAUGAUCUCCAAGAUAGUCUCUCUGAUGGUACUUUAAUUGCCAUGGGUCUUUCUGUCACUGUUGCAUUCAGUGUAAUGCUGCUUACCACAUGGAAUAUAAUAAUAAGUCUCUAUGCAAUAGUCUCAAUAGCAGGAACUAUUUUUGUCACAGUUGGAUCCCUGGUUCUCCUGGGUUGGGAGCUAAACGUCUUGGAGUCUGUUACCAUUUCUGUGGCAGUUGGCUUAUCUGUGGACUUUGCUGUCCAUUAUGGCGUUGCUUACCGCUUGGCUCCAGAUCCCGAUCGAGAAGGGAAAGUCAUAUUUUCUCUAAGCCGCAUGGGCUCAGCAAUUGCUAUGGCUGCAUUGACUACAUUUGUAGCUGGAGCAAUGAUGAUGCCGUCUACGGUUUUAGCCUAUACACAGCUUGGCACCUUUAUGAUGCUCAUAAUGUGCAUUAGUUGGGCAUUUGCAACCUUCUUUUUCCAAUGUAUGUGCCGCUGUCUGGGACCCCAAGGAACAUUCGGCCAGAUUCCUCUGCCUAAAAGACUACAGUGUGGUGCUUUCUCCCAGGCAUUGUCAGGAGGCCAAGGAGAUGGAGAACAAACUAAAAAGCAGUCUGCCAGUAAAUACCAGUUCGAUUCAAGACCUCAGAAAGCAGAUGUAGAAGAAGAACAUGAACACUAUGAAUUACAGCCAUUAGCAGGCUGCACCAGCAAUGAUACUGCAGUGGAGAAGAGAACCUGUGAAGAAAUGCACAUUUGCCCUGAGCUCAUCAAUGGCAGGCUGUCAAACCCACAUGCUCAUCACUCCACAUACAACACAGAACUGAAUGUAAACACUAAGCAUGAAUCAGGUUCAGCAAUGUCAUCUUUGGUUGAGCAGGAUCCCACUUGCCAUUUGUGGAGUCAAAACGAACAAUGUCAUUGUUUAGAGCCACAGCAGCAUACAGACAUGAAAUGCUCCCAUUUGCAUCAACAUAGAAAUGAAACAUGCUAUUGCUGCUCUCAUUCAUCUGGGAACAUACAAGUCCAGAACUCCCUAGUUCCCAUCAGUGCCUUGCUUCAUUCUUCUGAUGGUUAUGUGAAUACCGUCCAGCAUCUUCUCCACUGUGGUUGUCUACAGGGCAGGUUCCAAAGACCCUUGCUUCAAAAUUCUCUUCCCCCAAAUGUUUUCCUCCACUCAGUGCCUCAUUUUCAGCCCCACAGUCUUCCUGACACUGAAGAGAGCUCAGCAGUUCUUUCAAAUGAAAUAGGUUCAUCCUCCUCUCGCUGCAAAAGUUCUGGAUUGCUUACAAAAUGUCUCUCUGAAACAGAACAAAGAUUGUCUAACCAUCAGAUAGGGCAGUGUAGUAACUACAGAUCCAAAGGAGACAAAGCUAUCACUGAAGUGAAUGAGAAUGAAAAUAAAACUUCUGCAUCUAAGCCAAACAAGCAAGCUCAAAUGGAGGGUGCCCAGAGUUUGCCCCAAACUGCUCCAAGGAUAGAAGUAAAGAAUCAAAAUGAGCAGAAGCAUUUAGAAAAUGUUACAGUAGAGGCUGAUCCUGAGUCUUGCUCUGAAAAUUUAGAGUAUUGUAGCCGAACAAUAACAAGAAAGUGCAAUUCUGUUGAAUGUCAUGUGCCAAACACUGAAGCCCAUGUGCCUACUCUAUUAGCCCACCAUGAACUUUCCAGUGAAAACUUGCUAAUAAAAACACUUUAAUAAA